AUGCGCUGCGUGUGGCUCGCGUUGCUUCUGCUCUCGGCGCUGGGCGUGCGCGCCGAGCCCCAAGCUACCCAACUCGUCCCAGCCAGCGACGAGGACGCGGCGCUGCUGCGCUCUGGAGCUGAGGAAACUCGCCAGCAGUUCGAGGAGUUCGUGGAGAACGCGACGCUGUCUGCCGCCUUCUCGGGCUGCGGGCUCUGCCAGCAAACAGGCCAGUGUGACCACGCCUUCCGCGGCCAACCGGGCCAGUUUUGCGUCGGCUUGGCGUCUGGAGCGCCGUGCUGCUGCCCACGGGACGCGCAGUGCGCUGCCAGCCCGUACGAGUGUCGCUGCCGACGCGUAGUGCCCACCUACCACUACGGCGGCGACGACUACCAUCCGAGCUCGUCAUCGAGCGGAGUGUCGGGUACAUUCAUCUUCUUCGCGCUGCUGCUGCUCUGCUGCGUGUGCUGCUGCUACCUGCCGGCGCGUCGCGCUCAGCAGGAGAGGGAAGAGCAAUUCGUGUACGCUCAGCCCGUUGCGACCGGCCAGUAUGGCACGUACCCCGCAGGCCAAGCGCCGCAGGCUCCUUACGCCUAUGCGUCGGCGCCUGUGGCGUACGAGUCGUCUCCGUAUCAUGAGAGCGGCAGUUCAAAUACGAUGGCCGCGGGUGCGCUUGGGGCGCUGGGAGGCUUGGGCGUUGGCGCAGCACUGGGAUCCAUGCUCGGUGGCCACAACAACAACAACAACAACAGUGGAUACAGCGGCUACAGCGGUGGCGUUUCCGACAACACGUACACUUUCAGCGGCGACACGGGCGGCGGCGAUUUCGGCGGGGACGGCGGCGACGACGACAUGUUCGCGGGCGACUCAUGA